AUGGCGGCGAAAUCCGAUGGCGGUGGCGUGGGGGUGGGCUUCGCCCAGCUGCACAACCUGGACGAGGCGGUGGGCAGCGGCGGCGAGGAGGACGGGGAGCCCGGGGGAGGCGGCUGCGGCGGCGGCGGCGACGGCGGCGAGCCCGGCGAGAGCAGCGCGCUGCACAUCUGCCACUGCUGCAACACGUCCUCGUGCUACUGGGGCUGCCGCUCCGCCUGCCUGCGCUCCCUCCUGGGCAAGACGCCGCGCCGCAGCGCCGCCGCCGCCGACGGGGGGGACCAGCCGCUGCAGCCGCCCGCGGCCGCCGGCCGCCACCCCCCGACGCCCUCGGCCGAGCGGCCGCAGCCGCCGCAGGUGGAGCGGCCGUGGCUCGACUGCCUGUGGAUCGUGCUGGCGCUGCUAGUCUUCUUCGGGGACGUGGGCACCGACCUGUGGCUUGCCCUCGACUACUACCGCAAGGGGGACUACGGCUACUUCGGGCUGACCCUCUUCUUCGUGCUGGUGCCGUCCCUGUUGGUGCAGAGCCUGAGCUUCCGCUGGUUCGUGCAGGACUACACGGGCGGCGGGCUGGGCGCCGUGGAGGGGCUCAGCAGCCGGGGCCCCCCCAUGAUGGGGGCCGUCUACGGCCAUGGCGCGGGGGUCCCGGCCACGCCGGGGGCGCAGCGCCUCUGCCGCCUCUCCGUGUGGAUCUGGCAGACGGUCAUCCACCUGCUGCAGAUGGGGCAGGUGUGGAGGUAUAUCCGCACCAUGUACCUGGGGAUUCAGAGCCAGCGGCAGAAGGAACACCAGCGACGCUUCUACUGGGCUAUGAUGUACGAAUAUGCAGACAUUAACAUGCUGCGCCUCCUGGAGACCUUCCUGGAAAGCGCCCCCCAACUGGUGCUACAGCUCUGCAUCAUGAUCCAGAAGAGCCGCGCCGAGACGCUGCCCUGUGUCUCCUCUGUGACUUCCCUGAUGUCCCUGGCUUGGGUGCUAGCCUCCUAUCACAAGCUGCUGCGGGACUCCAGGGAUGACAAGAAGAGUAUGAGCUACAGAGGGGCCGUCAUCCACCUCUUCUGGCGCCUCUUCACCAUCUCAUCCAGAGUUAUCUCUUUUGCCCUCUUUGCUUCCAUCUUCCAGCUCUACUUCGGGAUCUUCGUGGUGGUUCACUGGUGCGCCAUGGCCUUCUGGAUCAUCCAUGGCGGAACAGACUUCUGCAUGUCCAAGUGGGAGGAGAUCCUCUUCAACAUGGUGGUAGGGAUUGUGUACAUUUUCUGCUGGUUUAACGUCAAGGAAGGGCGGACUCGAUAUCGAAUGUUUGCAUAUUAUACGAUAGUCUUGACCGAGAAUGCUGCCUUGACGUUCCUUUGGUAUUUUUACAGAGACCCGGAGACCACUGACUCCUUUGCGGUGCCAGCACUGUGUUGUGUCUUUAUUAGCUUUGUGGCUGGGAUUGCAAUGAUUCUCUUAUAUUAUGGUGUGCUGCAUCCCACGGGGCCGCGAGUUAAGGUCUUGGCCAGCUCCUGUUGUGCCGAGCUGCUCUGGGGCAUCCCUUUGCCCCCCGAUGUUGAGCCCAUGGCGCCUCAGACCCCUGGGUACCGGGGGACCCAGGUCACGCCUACCAGAGCCGUAACGGAACAACAGGAGGAUCUCACGGCUGACACUUGCUUGCCCGUUUUCCAAGUGAGACCCAUGGGGCCCCCUACCCCGUUGGGGCGUCCUUACCACCCAGAAGGGCCCCUCAUUAAGAUUGACAUGCCAAGAAAGAGAUACCCAGCUUGGGAUGCUCAUUUUGUAGACAGGAGAUUGAGAAGGACUAUUAACAUCCUGCAGUAUGUCACCCCCGCCGCGGUAGGCAUUCGGUAUCGAGAUGGACCGCUCCUUUACGAGUUGCUACAGUAUGAGUCUUCACUCUAA